CAAGUCGUCUGGUCCGCCUGAUCGGCCUGAUCUCCGCUGCUGCUGCCGCUACCAGGGCCACCAGAACGGCAGUCGACGCGCAGGGCCAGCACGGAGCACAUCGCCCACCCACCGGCCGCACACACCGCCCGGCCCCGACCCGCAGUUCACUUCGUUAGACGAUCCGUGAACAUCGAACGUGCAGCACCAUGGGCAGCUCCUCCUCCAAGAACGGCGGCGGCCAGGCCAAACCGGUGCCCGUCGUGGAAGUGACGUGGUGCACCGUGCACGAGUAUGUGGCGGCGCGCAUCCAGGAGCACGGCGACAAGGUGGCACAGGUGGACGCCGCGACUGGGGAGACUGUAACGUUCGCCGCCAUCCUGGAGCGGUCGGCCGCCCUGGCGGCCGGGCUGGUUGCGCGCGGGCUGCGCCCGGGAGCGACGACACUCGUCAUCGGCGAGAACAGCGUGCACUACCCGUGGGUGCUGCUCGGGGUGCUACGCGCGGGCGGCACGGCGCACCUCAUCGACCCGCGCAGCACGGCCCGCGAGGUGGAGCACGCCGUCGGCAUCUCCAAGCCGAGCCUGGCGCUCGUGUCGGCUGCCGUGUCCAAGGAGCGCGACGUCACCCGUGUGCUCAGGAACACCGUCGGGAGCGUGCUGGUUUGGGGAGCCAAUGGGGACCAAGGCCAGGACGACCAGGACCUCCCCGAAGGCAUCGCCUCGCUGGAGCGCCUGCUCGUCAGCCCCGCCAAGUCGGCCGCGUCGGUGCCGUGCUCGCCGGUUAGCGAGGCCAAGACGCCCACGGGCCCGAGCGCCGCGGACGGCGUGCACGUCGAGGGCGCGUCGGUGCUCACCGUCAAGGACGUCCUGACGCCGGGACUCAGGAUUCCAGUGGCGCCCCCACCGACGCCCACCUCCCUGAGCGCCACGUAUGGCGACAGCUGUUCGCCGUCCUCCGUGACCUCCCCCCUACAGUCGAUCCUCCCUACGGCCGUGGAAGGCGUGCCUCGGGCGGAUGGUAAGAGCGUUCCGCAGCUCCAGGGCGGUGCCAGCGUCUCCUUGAUCCUGCCCUCGAGCGGCUCCACUGGGCUGCCGAAGGGUGUCAUGAUCUCUCACGACAACCUACUAGCGGCGCUCGAGCUCGGGCCCAUCUUCAUCAAGGACAAAGACGUGGUCGCGGGACUGUCGCCGUACUUCCACGCGUACGGCGGCGUCUUGAUGCUCAUGGCGCUGUGCGCCGGGGUGCCCAUGGUUGCCAUCAGCCGCUUCAGCAUGAGCGCCCUUCUCGGCGCUGUCAAGGAGCACAAGAUCACGGUGAUGCAUGUGGUGUCCUCACUCCUCGUCUCCCUGGGCAAGCUGCCCGUUGAGGCCUUGGCCGAGCUGUCCUCGCUGGAGCGCUUGUGGUCCGGGGCAGCGCAGGUGUCGCCGUUGGUGCAGAGCGCGCUCCAUUCUCGUCUCCCCGGCGUCUCGCUGCACCACUCGUACGGCAUGACGGAGACCACCUUCACGACCUUCUGUGGUGAGGUGCGCGCCGACAAGCCCGGAUCACCCGGCACUCUCGUGAAGGCCAUGGAGUGCAAGGUUGUCGACCCGGAGUCCAACAAGCCGCUGGCCAUGGGGGCGCGCGGUGAGCUGUGCUUCAAAGGCCCCAUGGUGACCCGGGGUUAUCUCGCCAACGCGGAGGCCACCGCCGAGGCCUUCGACGCGGACGGCUGGCUGCGUUCCGGUGACCUGGGCUACGUGGACGAGGAUGGCUACUUCUACGUGGUGGAGCGACUCAAGGAUGUCCUUAAGUACAACGGGCACCAGGUGUCGCCCUCUGAGCUGGAGGCGCUGCUCAUCACGCACCCGGCCGUGUGCGAGGCGGCCGUCAUCGGCGAGCCCCACGAGUACGGCGAGGCGCCGCGCGCCCUGGUGCGGGUGGCCGACGGACAUCGCGUCACUGAGGAGGAGCUUUGCCAGUUCAUAUCGGGCAAGGUGGCACCGCACAAGCAGUUGCGGGGCGGCAUCACCUUCAUGUCUGUGCCGUUCCCCCGUACGGCCAGCGGCAAGCUGCAGCGCAAGAAGCUCCGCGCCCUCCUCCAGGACGCUGACGACUCUUUCAACUCGUCCGCGUGCUCGGACCCUUCCUCGCCGACAGCCGCCCCGGCCCCGGUAGAGUUGCCGGUUGCAGAGCAACCGCAGCCCGCCUCGUCGGUGGAGGCGCCGGCCCCAGAGGCGCCGGUCCCGGUCCAGGUCACGGCCGCGGCGCCCCAGGACGCCACCCCGUCGGAGCGGCUGAUCGCUGCCGAGGCUGAGGUGACUGCGUCGGACAGGGUGGCCGCAGAGACGCUCGAGGACGCUCUGGAGACGCUCGAGUCAAUCACAGGCGCUGCGAUGUCGCCCGAACCCCAGGGCGAGCAACAGUGCCGCCCGUCGCUCGCGUCCAUCAACACGUUGUCCACCAUCUACUCCGAGUCCCCGGUCAGCACGCCCCCCUCGGCGUCUAUACCCUACACACCAGAGGACGUAUUUGCAACACCGUUUGCAGUUGCUCGGCUCAAGGAAGCAGCGCAGGUGCCGUUGCCAGCAUCCGAGCCGAACUCCCCUGCUGGGAACCUCCUGAAUGGAAGCUCUUGUUCCAUCCCUGCGGAUCUGGCUUCGCCUCUUCAAGCCAUGAACCUUCUGGACGACACUCAAGGCACUCAAGGCACUCAAGGCACACCAGGCUCAAUGGGCUCCGCUCUAAUGGACCUGGUAUCCCCGCUCGAAUCAAACAUUUAUGAUCAGUCCACUGCAACAUCACCCCAAUCCUAACCACUACUUUAACAUUUGUUACAUUCUCAUAUUAUUUUAUUAAGUUUUAAUAUUUUAAUAUUUUAUUAUGAUUCCUUUAUAAACUGUACUAUAUGCAUAACUAAUAAAUACAUUGUUUACCUAA